AUGAUAUGUGUCUGUGGAACUGUGAGAGGAGGAGAAGAGAAGAAAGGAUCAGAUUUGACACAUCAAAGAGGAAAACCAAACUUGGAGGAACCAGAGACGUCCAAACCAGCAAGACGACACCUCUGCUCCCAGAUUGGAAAGAGUUUUGCCAAGUUAGGAAGCCUGAAAAGACAUGAGAAGAGUCACACAGGGGAAAAGCCUUACCACUGCUCCCAGUGUGGAAAGUGUUUUAGACAGCAAGGAAGCCUGAAAGCUCAUGGCCGAAUACACACAGGGGAGAAACCUUACCACUGCUCCCAUUGUGGAAAGGGUUUUAGACAGCAAGGAAGCCUGAAAGUUCAUGGCCGAAUACACACAGGGGAGAAGCCUUACCACUGCUCCCAUUGUGGAAAGAGUUUUAACAGGUUAGGAGGCCUAAUAACUCAUGAGCGAAUACACACAGGGGAGAAGCCAUACCGUUGUGCCCAGUGUGGAAAGAGUUUUGGCUCGUUAGGAAACCUGCAAUCUCAUGCACGAUUACACACAGGGGAGAAGCCAUACCAUUGCACCCAUUGUGGAAAGAGUUUUCGCAUGUUAGGAAACCUGCAGUCUCAUCUGCGAAUACACACUGGGGAGAAGCCAUACCAUUGCGCCCAGUGUGGAAAGAGUUUUAGCAUGUUAGGAAACAUGAAAGCUCAUGAGCAAAUACACACAGGGGAUAAGCCUUACCACUGCUCUCAGUGUGGAUCUAGGUUUACCAGGUUAGGAAGCCUGAAAAGACAUGUGGACACACACCAAAGUCUUUCCAUUGCGCCCUGUGUGGAAUGAGUUUUAACCAUUUAGGGAGCCUGAAAAGACAUGAGAGAAUACACACAGGGGAGAAGCCUUUCCAUUGCGCCCUGUGUGGAAUAUGUUUUAACCAUUUAGGGGGCCUGAAAAGACAUGAGAGAAUACACACAGGGGAGAAGCCUUUCCUUUGCGCCUGGUGUGGAAUGAGUUUUAGCUUGAUAGGAAACAUGAAAUAUCAUGAUCUAAAUACACCCAUGGGAGAAGCCUUGCAAAUGUCACUUAUAAGGCAGGUGAGGAUCCACACAGAGAAAAAUAACUUAUCCUACUGUGUAAACUGAUAUUUCACAUCACAUUGACUUAAAAUUCAUCAGAGAACAUACACAGUGCUCCCAUUGUCUUAUUUUAUUGACUGUGUUUAAUUGUUUAUGAAAUUGAAUUGUACAAAGUAUACUUAAACAUAUAGUUGUUUGUUUCUAUUAGAAAACAUGAAGUGAAUAUGGAGUCUGUCAGUUUGAAUACAGAGUAGAUCAGAUUCCAUGUGUUUAAAUGGUCCUUUUUUAAAGUCUGACAUUGUGUGUUUAUCUGAGUGUGUCAUUCCUCCAGCACCAUUGAUAAUCAGAAUAAGACCUUCAAAUAUGUCACCAUAACAACAGGCAUUUUACAAGCCUCCCACUGGUUGAAUAAACGUUGUUA